AAACCCAGUGCAAUAUAACUAACUACUGCAAAGGUUAAUUUCAUUUGAACCAUCUAAUCAUCUGACUUGACUUCAGUGAGGCUUUUAUGCGGCGGCGUUUGUGUGUCAUUUCAGGGACUUUCCGCUCGAGUCUGCUGAAAUACCAAAGGGUGCUGUGAGCACAAAGUGGCACUCCCUUACCAAAGGAGGAUAACAUUUUUCUUAUUUGGUUUUUACUUUUCAGUUAUGGAGCCUUAAACACCUACAAAAGGGAUGUCCGAAAUGGGGGGAGGGGUUUAAGAUCACAUAUCCCUUGGUCUGUGUGUGUGUGUGCGUGUGCUUGAGACCUUUACUUUAUGAUGUUUAUACACAUAAUCACACACUAUGUUUAAGUUUGACUGGGUAGAUAAUGUUUUAGACAUGUCUGUGCCAAGCAUACAAGAUACUAACAUGCACACUGGUAUUGGGUGAUAUGACCACAAUGUGAAAUUGUGGUUAGUGAUUUGAGGAUGCAUUUUAAUUACUUUUUAAAGUAGUCUAGCCAUUUUUACGUCACAGGGUGUGUUUUCUUUGCCAUGCAUCCGCUGGGACUGUAAUUAUUUCUUGGAAAAGAAAUAAUGAAGUUUGAGCAGUUAAAUGAUAGGUAGUACUCCACGAGGUGCAGGGAGUAUGUAUCCUGGUGUAACAUUUGUAUGUAGUGAAUAGGGUGUCUGAGGAAGAGGAAAUGACAGAUGUAUCCGUUGCUGAGUGAUACUUGUGUUUUUUUCUGUUUCUUUUUUCUGUUUCUCCCCCAUAAGAGUUCUUUAGUUUCAUGCUUAGGCAGCAUUCCUUUCAUUUCUGCUGUUUCAACCUGAGUGAAACCUUUCACUUCUUCUGCCCCCUUGUCUAUUUUACAAAUCUCUGUUUCAGUGUGACUGUGUGUCUGUGUGAGAGAGCGAGACCUCGGGUUUUUUCAAACCCCUCUCCCUUUGGAGGACAUCUCUUUUGCCUUAAAUCCACUAUACAUAAAUAUAAUCAUGGAUACUCUUCUUCAGCUCAAAAACAACCAGUUCUUGUUGGGGUUGUGUCGUAAUGGGCCCCCUCCUGAGCUGCAGUAUGAUAACUCCUCAGAGCUCUUCCGCAUCUCUACCUUUGCUCGUUUCCCAGCGUCAGGAAUCACAGAGCGAAGUCUGGCAAGGGCAGGUUGGUUCUAUACUGGCGUGGGCGACCGUGUGCAGUGUUUCAGGUGUAACGUGACGGUAGAGGGCUGGCAGCCCGGAGACUGUCCGACAGAGAAGCACAGACAGCUCUCUCCAUCCUGCUCUUUCAUCCAGAGCCUCCCAUCUACAGCCAACCUGCUUUCCUCCUCUCACUCUGCCUUCUCCCCUCUCCGUGUUGCCCCAGCCAUGCCACUUUCUGGUCCAGGCCAAGCUGAAGAACCAGCUGGCUACCUGAACAUGGGCUUCUCUGCUCCGCCGCCCUCCAGUCCACUGAGCUCUCGCGGUGUAGAGGACAUGUCCCACCAGAGACCAACAUGCCACAACCCCAGCAUGCGCAGAGAACAGGACCGCCUGGACUCCUUUCACUCCUGGACACUCUCCAUUAUCACCCCUGCCGAGCUCGCCAAAGCAGGCUUCUACUAUUUGGGCCAGGGCGACCGAGUGGCCUGCUUCAGCUGCGGAGGACAUUUAAGUAACUGGGAGCCAGGUGACAGAGCUGUGUCUGAGCACCAGAGACAUUAUCCAAAUUGUCGUUUUGUCCGGGGGGACAGAGCUGACAACGUGGCGCUGCCUGGAGCUGUAUCUGGAGCGCUAACAUCACAGCUGUCAGCGGGAGCUUCAGUCCUCAGUAAUGUCUCCAACCCUGCCAUGCAGCAGAGCGAAGAGAGGCUGCUCACCUUUGUCAAUUGGCCAUCUCGUAUGCCUGUCCGACCUGACCAGCUGGCUAAAGCUGGCUUCUACUACGUAGGUCGUAAUGAUGACGUCAAGUGUUUCUGCUGUGAUGGAGGCCUGCGGUGCUGGGAGUCUGGAGAUGAUCCAUGGGUUGAACAUGCUAAAUGGUUUCCUCGGUGUGAAUAUUUGCUGCUGCAGAAGGGACAAGAGUUUGUUCAACAGAUCCAGGCUCGUUUUCCUCGACUAUUUGAACAGCUUUUAACAAAUGCAGACAGUAGCUCCAGAGAGUUUGUGGAUCCACCUGUGGUUCACAUUGGGCCUGGAGAGGAGCGGUCUGAAGAUGCCAUCAUGAUGAACACCCCUGUGAUUAAGUCUGCUUUGGAGAUGGGUUUUGAACGGAGUCUAGUCAAGCAAACAGUCCAGAGCAAGAUCCUGACCAGUGGAGAGAACUACAGAACAGUCCAGGAGCUGGUUUCAGACCUGCUGAGUGCUGAGGACCAGAAGAGGGAAGAGGAGCGAGAGAUGUUGGCAGAGGCCAUGGCAUCAGAUGGUUUCACCUUUGUCAAGAAACACCAGGCAGCGUUGAUCCAGCGCCUGAAGAGUGUCGAGCCGGUGCUGGAGCAUUUAAGAGAACAAAAUGUGUUAUCUGCUGAGGAGUACAGCGGACUUCAGGCUCAGACAUCAGCACAGCAGCAAACUGCCAGGCUGAUAGAGCUCGUCCUUACAAAAGGAAACGCUGCAGCCGAGGUGUUUCGCAACUGGAUCCAGAAAAAUGAUGUCCACUUGCUCAGAGAUCUCAUGGCCCAGUCAAACGAAGCUGCAUCACCAAGCCAAGAUCUUUCAGAUCUCCCCAUGGAGGAGCAGCUGCGGCGCCUGCAGGAGGAGCGUACCUGCAAGGUGUGUAUGGAUAAAGAGGUCAACAUCGUCUUCAUCCCAUGUGGACACCUGGUGGUGUGUAAAGAAUGUGCACCGUCACUGCGAAAGUGUCCAAUCUGCAGAGGCCUGGUUAAAGGCACGGUUCGAACUUUCCUCUCAUAACCGUGAUGGUUCAUUCUCUCAUAGUCUGUCUCUCGUUGAUGUGAUUGAAUUUAAGCAUUAUAAACUUUUUUCCCAGCAAAUACAUGACUUGCUUGUCUAUGUAGAUACAUCGUAAGAGACAAGUUAAGAUGCUACCACAUUCCUACAUAAACAGUUAAAGCUCACAGACAUCACCUUAUCUAACAAUGGGGGUUUUCCAUCAUAGGAAUCUAUCAAAACAUGUUGUGUAACACUCAUCUCGGGUUCUGUCUUUUGUUUCCACUGUCCUCAACCUGCUUUGAAGGUGCAUUCUGGGAGCAACAUUUCAGCACACCUCAGGAGGUAGUACUAAAAUCAAAUUCCAGAGGAGACGUAGUGGGUGUGCGCAGAGCUGUCAUCUGUGGUUGGUUAAAUAUCUUCACACCACAAUUAUUAGCAUUGCAAGCACAGAGUCUAAACACACACACUGGUUUAGAGUGUUCUGCUUGUUCAACAACUGUUUGAUUAACUGCUAUCUGCAUUUACCUCUAAACCAGUUCUUGGGUUUAUCCACAGAGUCUGUAAUACUAACAGCUCAUUGAGGUGCAAAGACCCUGACAUUUAACCAAUCACCGCUGACACCUCUUCGAGCACCCGCUGCCUCCCCCCUCCUGUUUCUAGAACUUGCUUUUAGUACUACCUUCUGAGAGGUGCACAUUUUUAGCUCCUGGAACGUACCUCCAAAGCAGGCAAAUGGCAGUGGAAACAAACAGGACCUGGGCCAGGCGUUACAUAGCUUGACAUGUUUCAGUAGGUUUGUAUAAUGGAAAAACGGUCUCAGUUGUAAUGUUCAGUAUUAGGGUUUCAGUUUAAUACUUGAGUUCGUCUCUGCUAUUACAACACAUCUAACAUUCAUUAUUAGGCCUGGGUAACAUGUUUGAAAUCACUAUUAUAAUAUUAAUGGGUAUUUUCUCGUUACUGGUAAAAAUCACAAUACGGGAAAUGUAUGAAAAAAUCUCAACCAUUGUUCAAUGCAAUCAGUUCCACUGUUACCCUUACAGUUUAACCUAACGCUAAAUUCAUUUUAAAAGCUUAGACUGAACUAACUUUUUACUGUAUAACCUGCAUCUCCAGUGUAAACACAGCAACUGUAUUAAUAAGACUUUACAUGUUUUAGUCCUUUUCUCAGUCUGGUCAGUAACAUCCAGCGACGCUUAUCAUGCAAACUGGCGACACUGUCAGCUGUCAGGUACAGUGGCUCUGCAAGCUCAAUGCACAGCAGUUAGAGUAAAAGUACUACAAAUAUCAGAAACAAUGCAAAUCUUUCCAGUGAAUUACAUGACUUUGUUAUUGCUGAUAUUUUGUUUUACAUUACUACAGUGGAAGCUGAAAAAAAACUUAGAAGGCAUCUGGAUGUAGUUUUAGGU